CGUGCAGCCCUCCUGUUUUGAUUGCCGUCUGUCCGCCUUGUGCCUGGGCUGGCGGGCGCUUGUUAGACCUGGCUGUGCGGCCGGGUUCGCUUCCCGACGCAUAAUGGAAAAGCCGGCGGUGCUGGUGUUGAAGCGGGCGGUGGAGCUGGACGUGGCGUCUCGUUUCCAGGAGUCGCUUAUUUGUUACCAGGAAGGGAUAGAUCUUCUCCUGCAGGCGCUUAAAGCUACAAAAGAUGAGACCAAAAAAGCUCAUUACAGAGAAAAAAUAUCAAGUUACAUGAGCAGAGCUGAAGAUAUCAAGAAGAACCUUGAGAAAGAGAGAGAAGAUGGAAAAUACCACAAACAAAUUAAGAUUGAAGAAAAUACAAAAGGUUUCAGCUAUGAAAAGCUGUUCUAUGACUAUCUUAAUGAAACUGUUACAGAGGUUUGGAUUGAGGACCCUUAUAUUAGGCAAGUUCAUCAGCUAUACAACUUCUUAAGAUUCUGUGAAAUGCUUAUUAAAGGACCAUGUAAAGUGAAAAUUAUCCAUCUCCUCACCUCGUAUGAUGAAGGUAGUGGAAAGAAUCAGCAGAUAAGUGCUCUACAAGAGAUAGAACAGUCCCUAAAGGAUUAUGGUGUAAUACUGGAUGUGUCAUACUCUUCUUCAAUACAUGACCGAGAGAUUAGAUUCAACAAUGGAUGGAUGAUAAAGAUUGGACGAGGCCUUGAUUUUUAUAAGAAACCACAGGGUCGUUUUUGCCUUGGGUACUGUGACUUUGAUUUGAGACCAUGUCAUGAAACUACUGUGGAUGUCUUUCAUGCAAAACAUACAAAGAAAACAUGAUCUUAUAUUCUCACUCCAGCUGUUUUUACUGGUUUUUUUUAAGCAUGAGCUAUUUUACUGGAUUAUGUCUACUGUUGAAUUUUCUACAAUAAGUUCAGGAACUGUACAUGUUCUGAUAGCAUGUCUAAACAAAACUGUAAGUUUAAAUCAGAUUUCAUAUUCUUUAUAUGAGCUUUAUCUGACGCUUUUGAAAACCACUAAUUUAGCUUGCUUUCGGCAGAGCACCAUAUUUUCUUACUCUACAGACGUUGUAUGGAAGAAGGCUUAGAUUGCUGCACUUCAUGUAUACAUGCAGGAUAACUAUGUGCUUAGUAUGAAGGACCACUUCAUCCCAUACUGUCCAGCGCACCAGAAAAGAUGUGCUUCAAAGCCCCUGCUCUCUAUGCUACUGCCUUCAGAGGGAAGGUGGGUAGCAAUCAGACAAAGCAUUUUCAGUAGUGGAGCCUCACUCACAGUGCCUUUCUCCUUGACGCUUGCCUUGUGCCUACGUUGCUUUCUUUCAUUUUUGUUCACUGGUGUUUUAAACUGUCAGUUACUUGUCUUUAUGGUCUACAUUUUUAGGUUGGGCUGGGUUAUUAAUGCUGUAUUUUAGUAUCUUUAAACAUUUUGUUUAUAUUUUUAUUUUGUAAGCUGCCUCAGGGAGGUUCCUGAAGGUGGCGUAAAAUAAGGUUGUACAGUUUCCACUACAGCCAUUUGCACUAUUGAAGAGGCAAGCUAGUACGUUUAACAUUUAAACUGAAAAAGGUCUUUUCCCUUCUUCAUGGUGGCAGCUUUUUUAAAAAAAAAAAAAACUUCCAACAGCAUUUUAGAUCUACUGAGCUAAUGCAGUAUGUGUUUAAAAAACACAAAAACCUGGGGACCCAACAGAGCUGCUGAAGAAAUAAAAUGGCAGUUUUAAAAGAGUCCCUCUUUUAAAGCCACCUUUGAGCACCCUCCUGGUGGAAAUACUAAGAGGUACCAAUUUAAUACAUAUACUGUUGGAUCUUACUACUAUUUCCGCUGUAUGAUCCUCCAGUGUAAGAAGCCUUCUUCCAAUGAAAUAUUGUUUGCUGGUAGAGGCGGCUUUGUGGCUACAUAAUGCUGCUUGCGUUCGUGUCUGUUGAAUGGACUGAUAGAAUCCAAUUUCUUGGGUUAGUGUCAAGUCUAAUUGAUUGCAACUUAACUUGGUUUAUUUGAGAUCACAGCUGAACCCGGUGUUCUUGAAAAGCAGUGACAUAUUUUAAACACGUUGUGUCUCAUUAGGAGAUUUACGGUGCAGUCCUAAGCAGAGUUACACCCUUUCAUGUUCCUUGACUUCAAUGGACUUUGAAGGGUGUAACUCUACUUAGAACUGUACUAAGCAGGUCUACUUGGAAGUAAGUCCAUUGUAUUCAGUGGGACUUAUGUCCUAGGAAAGUGUUGUUAGGAUUGCAGCCUUACAGUGCAAUUUUGUCCUGUUCUUUUGUUAGAAUUGGAUUAGAAUAAGACUGUGUAGGAUGGCACUGUUAGCAACAGCAAUGAAAUGCUUGUCUAAAAACCUUUGUUCUUUUGAAUGUUCCUGGGAAUGAAGGUUUCUUUAGUGUUUAUUUUUCACUUGUGUUUGUGUUAUGUGCCAUCAAGUUGCUUCUGACUUAUGACAGCCCUUUGACUCCCCCCCCCCCCGAAACAUUCUAUCAUUGACAACCUUCCUGGGUAGAAAAGAGCAAG